AAAGCCGCGGAGCCGGUGGGGAAAGUGUUUGUGGUGGCUUUGCCCUGCGGACGGCACCAUGUCAGGCACAGAGGGGGUCUGCUCCACGAGCCUGUGAAACUUUAUUAAUAAAGGAAUUAGCUUCAGGGGGAGAGAGAUGAGCGCUUUCAUUCUCCCACCCUCUCAUCUCCAAAACGGUGAAACGGGAUUUUCUGGCUGAGCGGUCGCUGCUGUCCAUGCGGGCUCCACUCAUGUCUGUGGAUGGUGCGUAAUCAUAUCAUCUGGAGAGGCCGAGGCCGACAUUUUACCCCGGUCCGGAGGAGCCUUAACUCCGAGGGGACAUCCGAGGACACGCGAUAAGGCUGGGAGGCUGAGAGCUGCAGGGCUGCGACAUGUGAAAGGAGCUCCACCCCUUGACCCUCUCAACUCUCAACCUUCGCAGAACUCACUUGAACUGACGUUGUGACCGCGACCUGACACCCUCCUGCCUCGGGCAUGCCUCAGCCGGGUAUGAAUGGGAUGGAGCCUGCGUUUGGCGAGGCCUAUGGGGGACACAGGGGUCUGCUGAGCCCCUACCCUCUGGCCAUGUCGCCACAGGGGGGCAGGACGGAGUACGACCAGAGCGUGCUCCUCAUGCUGGGCUCCCCGGCAUCGCCAAGGAAACGGCCCUUUGAGUUGCUAAGCGACCUGGUGGACGAUGGUGGCUUCGGCGAGGACCUGCACCCGGAGCGCUGGGACGUGUCCGCGUUGGACGAGAUGGCUCGCUACACCAAGCUGGGCCUCGGGGUGGGAGGGGAGCUGCUGGCCUGCUCUGAGGAAGCCGUCCUGAUGGGCCGCUGGGGGAGGAGCCGGGAGGAGCAGGAGGAGGAAGAGGAGGAGGAGAGGAGGCGGAGGAACAGACACACAGCACCUCCCGUCAUCCAGGAAGUCCUGGCCACUGCCGCAGGGAGGGAGGAGGGGCGCACCUCUGUUGCCACGACAACAGAGAGGGAGUUAUGUGUUGCAGGAAGAGCGCCCGGAGGAGGACAGGAUGGGGGGAUGCCGGGGGAGCGCACAGUGGAGGUUUAUCAGGUGGCACAGGAGGAAGAGGAGGUGGUGGCGGCGGCGGUGGCUGGUGCAGCUCUGGAGCACUGCAGCGAGGAGCACAACUACUCCCUGAGCCAGGGAGAGGAGCUGGGGGCAGGGCCCGGCCACAACUCCCAGACAGAGGGGGAGACACAGCAGGAGGUGCGGGGCAGGGAGGAGAGCCAGACCAAGACUGAGCUAGAUCUGGAAGACGAGGAGCAGGAAGAAGAGGAGGAGGAGGAGGACGAUGAAGAAGAGGAGGAGGAGGACGAAGGAGAGGAGGGAGCGGAGGAGACGGCGGUGGAGGCUGAACUCUCCAGCUCCUCAGAAACUGAAUGUGAGGUAGAGGCCGAGCCAGUGAGGCAGCCGGGCGAGCGCCCGUCGAAGCGUCGCUGUUUCUGGGAGUACCGGCGUGCUCGAGAGUCGGCUACAAAGAAGAAACUGGGCGGAGACGUCCACUGGUCUCUGUCUUGGAGCUCCAGCACUCUACCCAGCACACUGUACCGCCGAGAGGGCAAAAAAGGGCGCCGCAAAGCUCGCAAGACAGACGCCAGCGACCUGACACCAAACCCCCAGAAGCUGCACAACAUCGGGGAGCAGCUGCAGAAGCUCAACGCUGCCAUCGACGGCAUGGGCCCCGUCAACGACCUGCCCGCUGUGGCCCGCGCCCGAUCCCGUAAGGAGAAGAACAAGCUGGCCUCCAGGGCCUGCCGGCUGAAGAAGAAGGCCCAGCACGAAGCCAACAAGAUCAAGCUGUGGGGGCUCAACCAGGAGUAUGAGAACCUGUUGGGAGCUCUGCUGCGGAUCAAGGAGGUGAUUCGACUGCGGGUGGAGAGCAGCGAGGAGGAGGACACGGACGAGCGAGGGAUGACCCAACGGCUGGAAGACAUCCUCCGAGAGUCCAGCGGUCCUUUAGUUGCUGGGCGGACCAAAGACUUUGUACAGAGGAUUUUGGCGGCCAGCGCCGGCGGUCAGAACCAGCGCAAAGAGCCCCUGCAGGGAGGUGAUGAGGCGGCAGGUUAAACUCCCCCAGCAUCCCCUUCUCCUCUUCCUCCUCCCUCCUCCACGCCUUCCCCUUCCACCAACCAAGCAACCUGACCCGACCAAGCUUCUUCACACCGCCUCCACUCUCACGAUGUACACAUUCGAGUAAGAGUUAAGAGAUGAAGAGGUGGAGAUACUGGGGAAGAAGAAGAGGAGGAAGGAGUAGCCUAAACAAAGCGGGAGUAAAUUGCCACCCUCCUCCCGCUCCUCUCCUGUUGGCCCUCCAAAACAGCAGCCGUCUUCACCGCUCUGUCUCUGCAGGCUGCACCACAACCACCACCAGGCCAGAGCUGCUGCUGCUGCUGCUGCUGACGUCUCUGUAUUCUGUGUUCUGUGUGUGUGUCUGUGUGCGUGUGCGUGUGUGUGUACGGUGUGUAACAUACUGUAUGAGUGUAUAGUGUUCCUCUCUCCCUCUGUGUGCUGUAUUUGUAUCCCAGUGUGCCUAUGAAUAGACAUUGCACUGUUUUGUAGAUGGUCGUAGUUGUCGGCAGGGGGCCGGUAGUGAGGCGAGGGCGAGGGGGCAUCUGAGGAUAGAGGAAGUGCUAAAAUAAGGAAGUGGGAGGAGCGCAGGCCUGGAAGACAAAGAAGCGGGUGUGCGCUUUUUUUGUUUUUUUGGCCAGGCUCCUAUAGAAGCACUGCAUACCAUUUGGAUUGCAUCGGCAUCUGAAAUGUCAGUAACAAGUGACGGAGUCCAGAGUCCUGAUGCCAGACCAGCUGUUAAUGGAAACAACAGCGUGUUUGUUGUGGAAAAGUCCUUGGAGCUUUAAAAACCCCCUCAAACCCCUCCUUCUUUAACUCCCCUUCACCCCAUCAAAACGUAAGCAAAGUUAAAAACGAAAGAGAAAACUGCACCUUAAUUCAAACUGACCAAAGAUACUGCUGAACCACUCAGACACCAAAACCUCUCACUGCUUCAGAUGCUGCCAACCAUCAACACAUCGUUUUGUUUUGGAAAGUGAGGGACUGAAAUAUUUUGAUUGUUGUCAUGUUUACCCGCAUGCAUCCUCAGAGGAUGACGUUACUGAACUUUUAAUUCCCUUCACCUAAAUGCACUACUAUCAUGGACCUGGGAAGCCGUGGUGUGACAGACAGGAAAUGACUGACAGUUUGUUCUUUCGUCAGCCUUUUAGCUCUGCAGCCUGGUGCUCCUUUAGCUUAUCUGCAGUGGCUUUAUUUUUACCCACAAAAGGGAAGUGUCCUCAAUGCCUUCCCCAAGCCCUCUCCUCAACCCCUGACCUGAUUAUGUAGCGCACCUUCCUGAAUUGCAAUGACAAAUAGAGAAAAACACUUGUAGAUCUAGAAAGCAAAUAAUUUUUUUUUUUAAUUAUUAUUAUGAUUUUGUUGUUACCUGGCAAUGCCACAGCCCACACAGUGGGUGUCAGUCGUGAGAGUUUUGAAUUCUGCCUUUCUUCUGUGGUCUUUGCUGAAGCUGUAGACCAACCUGUCCAAGGUCUCUAAAUGUUGUUGGACAUAAAAAAAGUCAAGGACCCUUUGAAUUGCACUGUGGUAAGAGCAACUAAGCACCUUCGAAGAGGGCUUCAGAUCCUCCAAAAGAGAAAAAAAAGACUCUUGGCACCUUUUGUCUAAAGACAGAUAUUGAUUGAGAGGCUUGUCGUGGGCGCUCGGCGCUUUGUGACCGACUAGUCUCAGUUUGUUUCAGUUUGGUGCUACUGUAUGGUGAAAAAAAUUUUAAAAAGCAAUGCAAACCUGAGCGGAGGCAUCAGGCAGUAACUGCUGACUGGGUUUUGGCCUGCGAGCAUGUACUGUUGUAAUAGGCAGUUUGUUUGCAUAAUGACGCCUUUCUGAAGUGCCUGGAGCUUAAAGCCACAGGGACCUGUGUUAUUAUGCCUGAUCUUAAACCCUAUUACAAGGUAAAACGUAACCCAUGACUACUGCUCCCAGCUUGGCCUCACUUGACUUGGAAGAAAAAAAAACCCUGCAGGCCUGUGUUGGGUCCGAUCACGUAUUUAGCCAAAAAAAGUCAACCAAAAUAUUUUCCUUUUCAGAUUCAAACCUAUACAUGGAAACAGUAGCUUGCACCGGUUUCUGUGAACACCAACUCUGGAAAAUAUAAGUAGAGGAGUGGCUGUUUGCUAAGCAAUCCCCUUUUGUUUUUCAACCUUGACGAGCUCACAUCUGGGCUGCGUUCCAAAGCUGCUGCUCUAUAACACGCUGUUCUCCUCCUAUGGAAACUCCAUUUCCUGUCUCAACUAGAAGGGGAACAGUGAACCUUAAACUCUUCACCUCCUAGAGGUCUCACUCGUGGUCAUUUUGAAAAGCUGUGGACACAAGAGUUCAGGGCAGUUUGCCUUGCUCCUGUUUAAGUUUCUGUAUCCUUUGAAAUUCUGGAAAAAGUUGCUCAUGGUUGCAUGAGUAUAGAACUGUACUGUAAACAGAGGAUUCCUGUCAUUCAGCUGGAAAGGUUUUAUCGUGCUGGUGAGCAGAGCUUUUAAAGCUCUGAUGCUUAAGACAGAUAGUCUGAUGCAGCAGCAGGAGGCUCUGAUGUCACUGAGGCUUCUUAAGCAUCACCACAGAAACCUGGUCUGGGUUUCAUGUGAUUAUUUUCCAGUAAAAAAAAAAAAAGACAAGGUCAAGAAAACUCUCAGCCUGUUUGGUUAAAGGUGCUCUCUGCACUCUUGCUCUCAAGGCUUGGGAAGCUGGCAACGCUGCCAGCAGUCACAGGAUCCCAUGCUGGCUGCAGCUUCCUUCACAUGCCCUCGCGCUACAACAAACAAUAAGAGAGGAAACGGCAGAAAACAACUGUACACAUCAGUAAUGUUUAAACUGUUCCCAUCUGCCACGUUGAAGGAGCAUGGGUUCUUUGAGUUUAAGAGGGAUUUCACUUUGCAUGCAUAAGUUUGUCCUGAUGUUUUCCUUCCUCCAAAGUGGUGUUAUUUAACACAAAACACCAUCUGCUGCGUACAUUCAUCUAUAUGCCAAAAACUGAACUGAGGAGAAAACUGUUGUUACACAGUGAAUUCCUGCCACAGAUCCAAACGACAAACAAGACAUGACGCCGGAUUUUACUCAACUCGUGAGCUCGUGUAAGGGCUUAGAUCGAUACUGUAGCAUUAUUCCUCUUUAGAGAAAGACUUUUUGUAUCAUGGAAUAUCCCUUUAACUGUAAAGCUUUAACGGGGAGUGGCCAGUUUUUGGCAAGGCCACUUGCUCUCGGCUCACAUUCCUGACUGACUUUCCCAGAAAGUUUCUGUUUAUGUAUACCUGGAAGCAGGAGGCAGAUAUGUGAGGGGGGAAACUGGAAUGACCCAGAGAUGUCUGCUGGUUGGUCACGUCUCUGUAGCUGCAUUCACGGGGGGGAGGGGGGGUCAUUACAGGGUGAGCUCAGCCCAGGUCAACCAAGGAACUGCUGGGAUUUAAAGAAUACAGAACUGAUGCUCUCAGCUCACAAAUUUAGCCAAAUCUAACCUAGUAUGGACAAUGACUUUGCAAAAACUGGAUGAUUCUUAUCCGAGUCACUUCCUCGUUUGGUGUCGCCGUCUGCCAGAGACAGAGAGAAGUAAACAGUCCUGAAACUCACUGGCUUUUUCUGAGAAAGAGAAAGCAUUUCUGUCCUCAUAGGGAAAGCUGGACCCAGCUUGGCUGUUUUGGGGGGACAGUGGCAGCUUGAAACCCUUCAGGCAAAUAUCUAAGUUCUUUCAGUGUCCAGUGUUGAAGUGCGUAAAGAAAUCUGUUUUUAAUGCUUUAACUUAAGUCUGGUAGCAUUUGGCUGUGAGCCACGACCUCUGUGGAGUUACCUACCCCUUAUAUGGAGGAUGUACUUUCCUCUAUUUAUAAGAAGUCGAAUAAUUGAAUGCCCCCCAGUGUCCACUUAACAUGGCUGCAUUGUCUAACGGCUGCAGGACAUGACCCACUGCCACUGUAGCAAAUGUGCCAAUGCUCAACAAUGUUAUGUUAGUGUGGUAAAUAGCUACAGCCAGUGGUCAGUUAGCUUAGCAUAAAGACUGGAAAAGGCGUUUUCUGUCCAUUCCUAGGAAUGUUGCGCAGUGGCGCAUGAAGCUAAAAACGCUUUGUUUCCGUGGUAUAAUAUUACCCAGAUCUUCCACAUUAUGGGGCCCAUGGAGCAAGCAGGCUAGAGACUCAAUGACCACCGACUGUGGCCGAGCAGCUAACUUCGGCCCGUUGAGCAGCUAACGUCUGUUUUAGUACUCUGCUAAUUUGAAUGGGGAUAAGAUGAAUGCAGCUCUUCUAGACUUUCGAAAUGAUAUCAGACUGAAUGGAUCAAAUUCUGAUAGGUAAACGAGUCAUUUCGCAAGGGUUGGGCCCCAUGGCAUCACGUGAUGGACCCAGAAGAUGUAAUUCCACUUUUGGCCACUGUUUAAAAUUGGCUUCAAAGCCCGGCAAUGUUCCUGGGGGCUUGGGGAAAAAAAGCUCACCGGGCUCAGUCUGAAGAUAGAAGAAAAUCCAUCUACCAGCACCUCUGAAGCUCUGUGUAACAUGCUUAUUGAUCAUUUUGGAGCGUUUUGGGCGGGACUUUUUCUUGGCGAGGCACAUUGACUUCCUUUAGUUUCUGCUGGUUGCCUGGCAACCUUACAGUGAUGACAAGAUGCCAGAAAGUCACUGCACCCAGCCCAAGUCCCCAGGAACAGUGCCCAGCUUCGAAGCCAAUUCUACACAGUGGCCAAACUUGGAAUUACAAUUUCAGGGUCUGUCACAUCCAUUUGGCUCAAAAAGACUUUUUGCCAUAGACUUGCAUUGUGAAAGAGACAUCUGUAGAUCAGUGUGUACAUUUUUUCAAGUGUCACAACCCCACAGUAUGACUCGUUUUGCUAUCAGAAUUUGAUUUACUCAGUCCGAGAACAUUUUAAAAGUCAGGAAGUGCCGCACGAUUUAAUCAUUUUAUCUCUAUUCAAGUUAGCCGCUUGGCCAGUGUCAAUCGCUCGUGCGCCUGUUAUAUGGGCUCCAUAGUGCAGGAGAUUUAGGUACUUCUAUACCGUGAAAAUCAGACCUGGCUGUGGGAUUGUUGAGCUUUAGAGGCUAGCUGUUUCCCCCUGUUUUCAGUCCUUAUGUUCAGCUAAAUUAACCGUCUCAUGAAGGUAGUUUCUUUCGCAAUGCAAGGGAGUGAAUUGACGAGUCUCUCAAAAUGUGGAACUGUUCCUUUAAUGAAACACUUUCAUUUCUUACUGGCUAUUUAUUUAUGGCACUAUUUCUCUUAAGUGUCUGAAGUAGAAGAAGGAAUACAUUUUUUCCUUAAGCUAAUAUAAAUUAUUAACAAAAUACUGAUACAAACAUAAGAAAACGCAACAUGCUGUAAUACCGUACCUCCAUAAAGUGUGACCACACUGACUGUCACUUUUUGGACUUUUGAACUGUGGCAGAGACGUGACAGAGCUGUGGUGCAACCGGAAGGUGAUGCAGCCGUAUCCAGUCGACAUCUGGGGGUCAGUCAGACAUCACAAAUUUGGAUUAAACAACAUUUUUGAUAAUUAAUUAGUCAUUCAGGUCAUUUAAAAAACAAACCAUUAGCUGUUUCCAGCUCCUGUUAUAUAAGGAUCCUCUACAAUUCUCUGUUCUAUGUAAUUAUGACUUGAACAUCUUUUGGUGCUGAACCAAAACAAGCAGUUUAAAACCCUUAACUUGGGCUCUCAGAACUUAUAAUGGGCAUUUUUUAAGACAAAACAGUCAGUAGAUAAACUGAAUUUUGGUUGCACCCUCAUUGGCUGGAAAGGGUUUAAGCAGCUUCCUGCCUUGCAAAGAGGCAUUUCCCUCCAUUUGUGCCAGAGCUGGUAUGCUUGGGUUAAGAUAUCCAAAGUCUAAAAUAGUCCCUGCCUGGAAAACACCAAGUUGAGUUGAGUAAGGAGAAGCAGAAGCAGCGUUGGAGUGACGAGGAAAGGGAGAAGCUGUUGGCCUCCCCCCUUUACCACCUUUAAUGUGAGCGCCGUGUGGUUUAAGGCCAGGCGUUCAGGACUGGUGGGCCGGCGGGCUGAAUAGACCCAUCAGUAAGCCUACACUGGUGGGACGCUGCUGACCUCCGGGUGCCCGUCCCCACUCUGCCCCAGUGCUCACAUUGUCGGAGACACUCGGGCUUCUCCAGUUUCAAAGGCGACGGGCCUCAGGGCAGAGGAGGCCGGGGGAAACAGCACUUAGCCGGGGCCUCGGAAUAGUUUAACUGAAACCUCUUAAUCCCCGCCGCCUCCACCCCCCUGUCACACUCUGACAGCUGCAGAGGAGAAGGAGGAAUCGCUGCUGCUUGCCGCUGCAGCUUGCAUCUUGAUGCCCCCGUCUCCUUUGUCACUGACCUGGAAACCUCCAUCUGGGAAGAAGCCAGAUGAGGUAAUGUGUCAGUUUAGACCCACUGGUCCACAUUGAGUUCUCUUAUCAGUGAAGCUGAGGUGUUGGAUGCUGGCUGAGGCCAGCUCCAGUUUGUGCCUCUCAUGUUUCAUCACUACACUGAAGUCACAGAGCAGACAAUCUGUUUUUUAUGAAAUAAAAAUCUCUGGCGAGCUUUCAAAAAUCCAUAAGGUCGUUUAAAGACCCUGGAAAUCCUGUUUCCUUAAUCUUAUAUGAGCAAUGAGAUCCUGCAUGUGCUCACAGUUUUCUGCCAAAGUUGAAACAGUUUGGGUUGUUUUACAUGAGAUUCUUUUGUAUUUAUGACUUGUUGGAUCGGUGUUGGAAAAAAGCAUAAUUUAGACAAACAAAUCUGAUCAUGGAAGUUUUUCAAAUGUCAUUCAAAAGUUCCAACUUGGGAAACAGAUCAAAAAAUGUGGUGGACAGAACGCUGUUCCAAUCAAAGUAGACAAAAGAAUUGUUGAUGGUUUGAAUACCCUCAAAUACCUUCCAUUUUAAGGGAGUGAUUGACCUAAAUUAAAAUAGAUUAUAAUGUUUUUUAAUCCUUAGACCCUUGCAAUAAAGUCGCACACAAAGUUUUAAAAGAUGUAUUACAUUGCUGCUCUUUGUGACUGCUUUAAAUUCAGGCAGCCAGACAUUGUAGUGUUAAGGCCCAGACACACCAAACCAACAUGAAAGAACUCGUGCAUUGCCUCAUGUUGCCUGUUCUGUGGCCCAAAAAUUUGCAACAAACACACCACAAAGACUACAGCUGACAGCCAACUAGCGCAUAUGUUCUGUGGCGCGUGAGAUGAAAUGACCCUCCAUACCUGCAGGCGGUGGUAGUGUGUAAUCGUCACUUAAAAAGGGAAACUGGAAGACUGACAAGAUGGAUUCAGAUGCGAGUUAGCACAUUAGUAACACAACCCAGUGUUGACAGAACAAAGCAUAUUUAUCGCACACCAGCAAACAUUAACACAACCACAAAUGAGUCGUUUCUGCUAAAGAGCUCGAUGGCUGACAAAAAUAAUCUCACCUAAUAUACCAAGGUUGUUGUGAUCUCAUGACCUCUUGACUCAACUGCCAAUCAGACUGAUUUCAUUCACCAACAUGCUCUGCCUCCGACUCAGCAUGCUGAAUUGGCUGUAAAAUGCCGACAAGGGCCAACAUUGUGGGACACACUGCUAAAACUAGGGCGACAGAUGCUUAGCAACAGGCUGACAUUGACCAACAGCCGACCAUCUGCUGGGUGUGUCGGGGGAAAAUAUGCUCAUAUGCUUUCUUGCUGAGAAUUAGAUGAGAAGAUAGAUAGCAACCUCAUAUGUGUCCGUUAAAUAUGAAGCUACAGGUUAGCUUAGCUUAGCAUUAAGACUGGAAACUGGAAGAAACAGCUAGCCGCGCUCUGUCCGAAGGUGACAGAAUCCACCAACCAGCACCUCUAAGGCCCAGUCCACAUGUACAUGGGUAUAUCUGACAAAGAAGCUUUUUCACCUUUCGUCCACUCGUCACCUGCGCUUUACAUCACUGGAAACACACCUAUUGUACAACUGCGUGCAGGGUGAAGAACUCUAUUGACAGUGUUGACGUGCAGGAGAAACAGGUUUUGGCUCGUGAUGUCAGAGUGAGCACCAAUUCCUCCUUUGUGAGGCGUCAAAUGAGGUGACGUUUUGUGCUAU